AAAUUCGUUUAACAAAAAUUGUACAUUUCAUUUGCACUUAUUUUCUUUUAUAAAAUGAUAAAGAUAUUUGUUUAUAUAUUAACAAAACUUUAAUUUAAAAUUCGGCUUAAAGCACUUUCCUUAAAUUCAACUUUAUUAAAUAAACAAACGCCCGUUCACACAAUCAAACACGUUUACAAGCAAAUGAAGACUAAAAUGUAAAACGCACACUAUGCAGCACUAAAAGUACUCAAAAUAUAGUUUGACACAUAAAAGAGAAGUGUCGAUACAACAAAUAUAAAAAAAAUCGAAAAACAAAAAAAGAAAAAAUAAACAAAACAAAAAGUGUAUCGAUACCAUCGCUAGUAUUUUACAGUUUCUUCUGAAUAAAGAACAUUAUUUUAUAAUAAAAAGAAGCCUACAUUAAAAAGUUUUAUGAACACGAAUCAAGGGAAUGUUCAAUAAUUUAAAAUAAAAAAUAGUCGGGUCAAGUAAAACUCUAUGAUAGCCUACAACAUGAUAUAUUCAUUUUCGAAAAAAUAUACUUAAAUCAGCACCUUUUAUAAAAACUAAGAAUUACAUAUGUAUGUCGACACAAAAACUAUCCAAUACAAAAUGAGUUCUGCACAAACGGAUUUAAAUCUAAAAGUUAAAAAGUCCAGCGAUAAGAUAUCCGAAAAUAUACACAUUGUUGCAAAUGAUCCAUCUUUAGCAUUUUUUCGCAUACAAGAACAUGUACGCAAGGUUAUACAGCCUAUUUUAGACAAACGCAUCGAAGUUAUAAUGCUGCAAAAAAAUUUACAGGGACAUUGUUUCGAUAUGGAAUAUGCUGUCAGAGCAAUGAAAAAUAUCGAACACUCAGAUGGUAUAUUUGAUCAGGUGCAGGAUAUGAUAAAAAAUUCCAUAUUUUUGAAGCAACAAUUGAAAUAUGAACAAAUCAAAAAUAAGCUGGAUAAGGAGACACAAAAGAAUUCGGUUUACAAACGAUUUUCGGCGCACUUGGCAUUAGAUUUACCAGAUUUUACCGAUAUUACAGGAGUAAUGAGAGAAACAAGUUCACGUAUGGAAACAAUGAUUACAUUGAACAAGGAUAAUGCAAAUACUACUCACCCUCCCAACAACAUGGAACAGUUACAACGGUCACAUACUACUUUACAUUAAAAUUAAUUUAAAAUAAAUAAAACACUUAUUUAAAUUGUA